UCUCUCUGCGCUCAGAGCGCUAUUUUCUGCCAGGCUUUGAAGCGGACUGAGAGAGGGGAGAGGGAGAAGCAGGCUUCAUUCAUUAUAGCGCUGUUAUACAAGUUUACCAUCCCUAAAGCGUGGACCGGACAGACGAAAAGUUUUUAUCCAGGAUCUGAAGAGGCGACUUCAGUGGAAAAGUCAAACGUUUCUAUAGUAGGCUAAAAUACAUGUUUUAUUUGUUUCGGACGAGGCAUCGCAUCGUUGCAGCACUGAUACGUUUGCAGAACCUCUUCUUAGUUGGGAAGUUAGUUUCACAUAGUUGGCUACUCAGUGACAUUCGCUUCUUUUCGUGUGGAAGCCCUGGCGGACUAAAUAACGUGAUUUAGUUUGUGUUUAGCACACUUGUGGGAUUUUAACUGGAGACGGAAUUCUUACAUGCAACAGUAUUUUGUAUGAGAAAGCCAUGGCACAACAGAGCAGAAACGGAGGAACUUCAUUAAACAACAACAACGGCAUCGAUAACACCAAGAGGAAACUGUUGAUAGGACUGGACCUCUUCUGUCUGCUCCUAGCUGGCCUGCCCUUCCUGAUAAUAGAGUCUAGCACCAUACGGCCGUACCAGAGAGGUUUUUACUGUUCUGACGAGUCCAUCCGGUACCCAUAUAAAAAUGGAGACACUAUCAGCGAUGCUGUGCUCUGUGCUGCUGGCAUUCUUAUUGCCAUCCUCUCUAUUGUUAUAGGAGAGUGUUACAGGAUUCACCAUCGCAGGGAGGGAUCUAAGUCUUUCAUUGGGAACCCUUAUGUCUCAUCUCUCUACAAACAGGUUGGAGUGUUUAUAUUUGGCUGUGCCAUCAGCCAGUCGUUCACAGACAUUGCCAAGGUGUCAGUGGGCAGGAUGAGACCUCAUUUCCUGGACGUGUGUAAUCCUGACUGGUCAGCCAUCAACUGUUCCCUUGGAUACAUCACCUCCUACACCUGUACGGGCCAUAAGAGCAAAGUACAAGAGGCCAGGAAAUCCUUCUUCUCAGGACAUGCCUCCUUCUCUAUGUUUACUAUGCUCUACCUGACUUUCUAUCUCCAGUCCAGGUUCACGUGGAGAGGUGCCCGGUUGCUCCGCCCCCUCGUCCAGUUCACUCUGCUGAUGAUGGCAUUCUACACCGGCCUAUCACGUGUCUCCGACCACAAGCACCACCCCACAGACGUACUGGCCGGCUUUGUACAGGGCGCCCUGGUGGCCUACUGCAUAGUGUUCUAUGUAUCUGACCUGUUCAAGCCGAGGGUGAAGCCUGCCUCACCCCCUCCCUCCCCCAUCAAGAAGGAGCUCCUCCCCCCUGCUGACAUCAUCGAGCGGAACAAUCACCACAACAUGGUGUGAGACAGGCCCCGCCCCUUCCCAUGACCGAGGAGCCUAUCACAGCGCUGUUCGCCUCCCAUUGGACAUUAGAAUGUAGCGACCAGAGAGACUAUCGCCGUGUCUCAUAUCACACUCUGUUCCUUAUGUAGUAGUGCACUACUUAUCACGCGUUGUGGUCCAAAGUAGUGCACUACUUAGGAAAUAGCCUGUUAUUUGAGACCUGCCCUGCAAAGACCACUCUCACUAUCCAGAUUCUUUAACUACUAUUGUUAUUACUACUAUUCUGAUUUGAGCCCAAGUUAGAGCAAAAAGAAGACUCAAAAGCUAAAAGACAAGAAGUUACAGACAGCAGUGCAGAGCCACUGAAACAGAACACUUUGUAACUACACAAAGGGAAAAAAGUGUAAAAAUAAAUAAAUGAAUGAGUGAAUGAAUGAAUGAAUGAAUGAAGCAAGGAAAGAAAGACAGUCUCUGUCUGAGGCCUUGACAUAGGAUAACAACUUCCUUAGUGAUAGGAACGAUAUUACUGCAAAAUUACUAGCAAACGACACAUACAGUAUAUGAGUAACAAUAUAGAGCAGAAUAACUUACAGCACUAUAAUCCAGUUGACUGUCAAUUAUCACCACUCGCCACCAGAUGAAGCAGCUAUUAGAACACUUGUUGAUGAUCAUGUAGAGCAGGGGCGUCAAACUCUUUCCAUGGAGGGCCUAGUGUCUGCUGUUUUUUGGUCUUUCCUUUCGAUUAAGACCUAGACAACCAGGUGCGCGGAGUUUCUUACUAAUUAGUGACUUUAAUUCAUCAAUCAAGUACAAGGGAGGAGCGGAAACCCGCAGACACUCUGCCCUCGGUUGAAUGAGUGUGACACGUGACGUAGAGGGUUAAAGUAAACCUGUAACUAGUUAACUUGUCCAAUGCCAGCUACUGACUACUACUAGAGAAGGAAGAGACCUGGAGAGGAACCAGACCCAUACUACUCUAGCUCCUACCACCAAGUAGAAAUUUGGACUAGUCUAGUUCUCAGUUCGGCAAGGCUCUUCUAGCUGCCUCUCUGGGUAACCUAACCUGGGAUGAUGCUUUCUGAAAGAGGGGGGUAGGAUGAAGCAGGGGUUCUUGAAAGAGGGAUGCUAAAAGAGUAGGGAUAUUGAUUGGUAUUAGUUUGGGGGAUUCGGGGGAGGAAGAGAAGGAGGGGGAGAUAAAUAUCUCUCAGCCACCUGUCACCCUGUCUGGGGGCGUGGCUGUGCCAUGCUGCCGCUUGAUUGGCUGCAUAUGUGGGGGUGUGGUCUGUCACCAUGGACACAGGGUUGAUAGACAGCUAAGCUGGGACAUUAUGGGAUAGGGGCUCUUUCCGCUGGCAGGGAGGGGCUCUGGCCCACCCAAUCACUCGUUAGCGGUAUGUAUGUAUGCAUGUGUCCUGUGUGUCACUGUGUUGGUGUGUGCCAGUGUGUCUGCUUUUGUGUAUGUGUGAUGUGUAUAGGUUUGCGUGUCUUGUGUAUUUGUGUGAUUGUCUUUGUGUGUGUGUGUGUGUGUGUCUUUGAUGAACCAUCCGGGUAGUGUGUGUAGAAUGAACCCUCCUCACACACACCAUUGUCUGUGCCAAGAAUGUGUGCCACUAUGUGUGUGUGUGUGUGUGUGUGUGUGUGUGUGUGUGUGUGUGUGUGUGUGUGUGUGUGUGUGUCAGAGAGGGCCAGAGGUGGAGGACUGAGACCCUGUCCAGAGAACGUUAGAAAACUGUGGAUUUAAUGUUUUUAUUUUCUGCUACGAUGCAUCUUUAACAUGUUCAGUGCUAGUCCAGUCAUGCCAUUAACUAACUGCUCCCCAUCAGUCAUUUUAUUUUCCAGUUCAGCUUACUCAGGGCAAAUCUCAAAUGGCAUGCUAUUCCCUAUAGAAUGCACUUCUGGCUAAAAUAAGUGCACUAGAUAGGGAAUAGGGUGCCAUUUUGGAUAGAGCCUAAGACAUCUUCUCAACAUCACCACUUCAAAACGUUGCACAUCUUUCGAAUCCCGUUUAGUCCGUCCUAUCAUUUUGGCAAACCCUUUCAUUUUAUAAAUGUAUAAAUAAUGUAUAGUUCACAAAAAUUAACUGUGUAAGAUAUUAUUUCUUAUGUUUAACUAUUGUCCACUAUGAAACCGCAACCUCUGUUCUCUACCAAGUGCUGCUUAAAAAGCACUGAUUUACAGAUUUUUUUAUUUAGUUAACUCAAAUAUUGUAGAUUUGUGGUAGUAAGUUUUUAAUACGCAUUGAAAACAAACCUACAAUUGUAUUAAAAUUCACUAUUAGUAUUUUCGUAUUGUCUCAUUUUGUACAAAAUAAAUAUUAGCAAAGUUUUUGUUUCUGCUUAAUGUACUUAGCUCUACUACAUGUGGUUUUAAAUAAAAAGCCCGUUAUAAACACAA